AUGCCUGUAGCGGUACACCGAGAUACACAAAAGGAGAAGUGGCAUGUUAUUGUAGCCGAAUACGCGAGUUCAAGGUAUAACACGAACCGCCAUGUUGCUAAUAUGAGAAGCAUGCCGUUCGAAGCUUUGCAAGUUUUCAGUAUCAUUCGCUCCUCCAGAAGAGAACCUGGUAAGAACCUUAUUUGGAGAUACACCAGAAUAACGAAGUAAGUCAACCUAACUAAGAAUAACGUAUGAAAAGUAUUUUAUAGAGACUCGAAUACUAGAAUAC